GAUCAGUGUAACUGUCAAUUAUCCAUCAAUUGACUCCUAUUUUUCCUUACUAUAAAGUUUAAAAGUCAGCAUUAGGUUGUUACAUGGUUGUUGUAACUUAAGUUACCAUGCUUCAUUUUCAUUCAAAGUCUUAGUAAGAGUCAGUUCUAAAUCAGCAAAUUGACUAAGCUAACUGCGUAUGUAACGUCUUCGGAAGAGCGCAGAAGAAAAAGCAGUACGACAUAUUCACGAAGCAAUUAGGUAGAAUUCCACGACCUUGAAAUCACGAUGACUGGUAAAUAUAUGACCUAACACACCAUCAUAAGUUCGCCGCGGCUUUUAACAGGAUUCAAUGGAUGAGAAGUACGAUAUUAUUGUCUUGGGUACUGGUCUUAAGGAAUGUAUACUCAGUGGUUUGAUGUCGGUUGAGGGGAAGAAGGUUUUGCAUAUGGACAGGAAUAACUACUAUGGUGCUGAGACUACUUCCAUAACUCCUCUCGAAGGUCUUUUUGAAAAGUUCAAUGUAAAAGCUGACCUUCAGGCUUUUGGCCGUGGAAGAGAUUGGAAUGUGGAUCUUAUCCCGAAGUUCCUGAUGGCUGAUGGAAAGCUAGUGAAAUUGCUUGUUCAUACCGGUGUCACUAAGUAUCUGGAAUUCAAAAGUAUUGAAGAAAGCUACGUUUAUGAUAAGAAGGCAAUACACAAAGUUCCCAGCAAUGCAAGUGAAGCGCUCACUACAAGUUUGGUUUCGUUGUUUGAAAAGAGAAGAUUGAGAAAUCUCCUGCAAUGGGUAGUAGACGUUGACCCCCAAAAUCCCUCGACUUGGAGUAAUGUUUAUCCUCACCCUAAAAGUGUCAUGAGAGAUUCAAUCGAAGUGGCUUUUCAACAUUUUGGUGUUGAUGAAACAACCAAGAAUUUCGUCGGUCAUGCCGUUUGCUUGUAUACAGACGAUUCGUAUAAACAGAAAGCACCGGCCAUAGAGGUUAUUACCAAAAUGCAGUUGUACAAUCACUCAGUCAACCGAUUUGGAAAGUCUCCAUACCUUUAUCCUCUAUAUGGUUUGGGAGAACUGCCUCAAUCAUUCGCUCGACUGAGCGCAGUGUAUGGAGGUACAUAUAUGUUAAACAAACCAGUAGACGAAAUUGUGAUGGAAAAUGGCAAAGUUGUUGGCGUAAAAUCUGAAGGUGAGGUCGCACGUUGUGACAAAGUAAUAUGUGAUCCUAGCUAUGCACCAGAUCGUGUUCGAAAAUGUGGUCAGGUUGUUCGUGCUAUAUGCAUUUUGAAUCAUCCCAUUCCAAAUGUAAAAAAUGCUCUUUCGUCACAAAUAAUCAUUCCUCAAAAUCAAGUUGGUCGACGUCAUGAUAUAUACGUAUCUUGUGUUUCACAUCCACAUUACGUUUGUCCGGAGAAAUUCUUUAUUGUUCUUGUGGCAACGACUGUAGAAACAUCAAAUCCACAUCAAGAACUUCAACCUGGACUACAGUUACUUGGACGUAUUGAGCAUAUAUUUUAUUCAGUAGCAGAUUUAUAUGAACCUAUCGACGAUGGUAAAUCAAGCAAUAUAUAUAUUUCAAAGAGUUAUGAUGCAUCAACGCAUUUUGAAAGUACAUGCACAGAUGUAUUAGAAAUGUAUGAAAGAAUCACUGGUCAUCCAUUUGACUUUAGUAAAGUUACAAGGAAUCUAGAAGAUGAAUAAUUAUAACAGCUUUUUAAUUGUCAAUCAUAAUUUUCUUUUAUUUAAAACAAAAAAUACAAAUAUUAAUCAUGGGUAAAUAUAAUAUUCAUUCUCUCAUAUAUAUACACAUACACUUUGUGACAUCUAUAAUAAUAAUAAUUUAUCUCAGUCAUACGAGAAUACUGUCUCAUCUCGCCUAUCUUCCAUUCAUACGUAAUUAUUUUGCAUCCAUUCCAAUUGUUAUCAGUGUUUUUAUUCUCAUCUAACGUCGUCGACUACUAUCCGGUUUAAUCACGGCCGUUUCUGUUCUGUAAUCACUUUCUCUCAAUCAAUCAAUUGCUUUCCUUAUCCAUCCACAAUUUAAACCGGUUUUUCCAAUCUUGACACCCACAAUUGUGUUGUUCUCUCACUCUUUCCUUUCUUCCUCACUCUCUCUCGCUCGCGCACGCUAAAAACCACUUUCCCUUUUUCUCUUCUAAUUGUUGUCUUCAUAUAUCGUUGUUGUGUCACUUCGUAUGUGUGUGUGUGUGUGUGCGUGUGAUAUUCUCAUUCUCUGGAGGAAAAUUUUUAUCUCAUAUAUAGUGAUGAGAUCAUUUUGUUUGUAUUCUACACUAAUUCGAUAGUGAGUGUGAUACUAUGACUUUGUUCAAAAAUCUUUUGGUAUACUUAUGCCACAAAUAAAACAAAAUGUGUUGUUUGUUCUAAUAAAAGGUUGAAUAUUCGGCUAUCCUAACUUAACGUUUCGAUCG